UAGAGCUGGCCGAUGCGGGAGAAGUUUAGUAUCCUUUGAGACUUCGGAAGGUGUAAGUCUGACUGAUCUGGACGGACUACAAGCAAGUGUACAAUGUCUGUUAAGCAAAAGUUAACGAAGGAAGAGACAUUGCUGCUGAGGAAGAAACACAUUGGACCCUCGUGCAAGCUAUUUUUCCGAUCGGACCCGCUGAAGAUCGUGCGCGCAGCUGGGUGUUACAUGUACGAUGAGAAAGGAUGCAGGUAUUUGGACUGCAUCAACAAUGUCUGUCAUGUUGGCCAUUGUCACCCACAAGUUGUAUCUGCAGCAGUUGAGCAGAUGAGCGUCUUGAACACAAACAGCCGAUUCCUUCAUGAUAAUCUGGUUCUCUAUGCGGAGAGACUGACGUCCUAUUUCCCCGAAAAGCUAAAUGUCUGCUUCUUCGUCAAUUCUGGCAGCGAGGCCAACGACCUUGCAAUACGACUUGCAAGAACGCACACGGGGAAGCGGGAUGUCAUCACCCUAGACCAUGCAUACCAUGGUCAUGUCACAUCCCUUAUUGACAUUUCUCCAUAUAAAUUCAACCAUCCUGGGGGAGAAGGCCAGCGUGACUGGGUCCAUGUAGCCCCAGUUCCUGAUGUGUAUCGAGGAAAGUACACAGACAAAGACUUCACAGUGGAAGAGUGUACUAAAAAGUAUGCAGAUGAAGUGAAACAGCUGUGUGACAAGGCUACCAAACUCCACGGUGGAGUUAGCAUCUUUUUCGCAGAAUCUAUGCAAAGCUGCGGUGGACAGAUUGUUUACCCACCAGGAUACCUUCGUCAGGUCUAUAGCCAUGUAAGAGCAGCAGGUGGUGUGUGUUUGGCAGAUGAGGUCCAGGUUGGAUUUGGAAGAGUUGGUUCUCACAUGUGGGCCUUCCAGACACAGGGGGAUGACAUAGUUCCAGACAUUGUAACCCUCGGAAAGCCUAUGGGGAAUGGCCACCCUGUGUCAGCAGUCAUUACAACAAGGGAAAUUGCUGAAAGCUUUGGAGCAACAGGAAUGGAAUACUUCAACACGUUUGGUGGCAAUCCUGUGUCCGCCGCUAUUGCAAAUGCUGUUCUCGAUGUCAUUGAGAAAGAAAAUCUGUUGGAUAAUGCUACAAAAAUUGGAAACUUCCUAAAGCAAGAAUUUAACCGGCUUAAAGGAAAACAUGCCAUUAUUGGUGAUGUACGAGGCGAAGGGAUGUUCUUGGGCGUAGAUUUGGUAAAGAACAGAGAGACACGGGAACCUGCCACUGCUGAGGCUGCUUUCAUCAACAAAAGAUUAAAGGAGCAAUAUGUGCUGCUGAGCAAUGAUGGCCCUUACAGAAAUGUUCUGAAGUUCAAAAGCCCACUGGUCUUUGGAAUGGAAGAUGCUAAAGAACUUGUUGAAAAACUGGAUGCCAUCAUGACAGAGAUGGAAGCAGCAGAGAACAUAGUAGCGAAUGGCAUGGAGAAACUGAUGGUGAAUGGUAACCAUGACCCCAAGCAGCAGCAGCUCACAAAUGGCCAUGCGAAUAAUAUUGGUGCACCCAGUGAAAUUCAGGUUAAAGUGUGACAUACUGACCCCAGCGGCUGCAGCAGGCCAGUCUGACGCAGUAAAUGUUCCUCCACAGCACUGUAUUGAAGUGUGCUCUCAAACUGACUUGAUAUACAGUGAUUACCAUUUAUGUGAAGGGGACCAUCCCUGAGGGUAAGGGGGUCAAAUCGAAAACAUAUUAAUUACAGACGUUUUGACACCAAAUUUACGGGGACACUCACAAGGGGGGCAAUGUUCCCAGGAAAAAAAAAGCUUUUAUUUCCAAUUGUCUGCAUGGUUGAGCAAAUGUGCAACAGGAUAAUUAAUUAGGCCAAGAAAAAAUAUCUGCAUGAACAUCAGUGAUUUCCUAAUCCAACCUCGCGGGCUUUUUAUAGAUUCACCAUAGUUUCCUAUAAAGAAAAAAAAAAUAAUUUACAAAAACACGGGCGUGAAAUUUUUAAAAUUCCUCGCGAGGCUCGAUACGCAUUUUACAAGCUUUAUAGAGAUAAAACUAAAAUUAAAAUCGGUCGAGCUCCGGUACAUUUGAUCAGCCAAAGCUCUUAAAAAGUGUCGGAAAAACAAAAAGAUUGAUAUUUCCAAGUUGAUUUUCUCCCAACUUUUUAAUUGUAAUAUCUUAUUAUCAACAUAGAAAUUACUAUAAUUUCAUUCGAAUGCAAUUUGUUGCUCAAAGAUAUAGUUUCCUAGUUUUAGAAACAAGCAAAUGAUCACGUGAAAAGGGGUGAAUCCAUAAUCAAGACACCAUGGCCGCUAUAUCGAAAUUCGGUGUUCCUUGCCUCAGGCCUCUUAUUGUUUUCUUACGUGUAUACGUUUAUUUGUAUGUGUAUAUAUACAUACGUUAUAUAUAAAUAUAUAUAUAUAUAUAUAUAUAUAUAUAUAUAUAUAUAUAUAUAUAUAUAUAUAUAUAUAUAUAUAUAUAUAUAUAUAUAUAUAUAUAUAUAAAUACGCAUGUUUAUGAAUAUAAAUGUAAACAUGCUUAAGUGUGCGUACAGAUACGUACACGUGUAUACAUACGUGUAAAUUUGAGGAAAUGUGUAAACCUCUGCAUAUUUGUGCAAGAGUGCAUAGGCCUACACGCGGGUGUGCAUGUAUAUUUAUGUUCAUUGUUAUCUGCAAAGGAGAAGCCUUGCGAUGCAUAUAAUUUCGCUUCCAAUGUUUUUGAGUGCGUCCUUCUCCUUCUCCAGCCUACUCUGGCGCGGAAUAUCUUUAAUUUUUAAUCGUUUAACUACGUGGCCCCGCCCCAAAACAAGCAGUAAACGGUUAGUCGUGAGCAGAGCACUUGUUAAGGAGGGAAAUGAAUUGUUUCUUUGUUCAUAAGAAAUAACCGUACAGAAUGCGUUGAUAUUUUGAUGUAUAAAUAGCCAUUAUUCGUUUAUCGUGAACAUUUCUCGUGAUGUAAUAAUAGAUCAUAAUUGUAGGCCAAUGUAAAGAGUUUACACCAGUAAAUUUUAUCAUACGAAGUCUUUACAUUUAUUUUACCUGUGUAUAAAUAGUAAUAUAACUUAUAGAACUAUUGUUUUAUCGAUUUAGCUUCAAAUGAACGUGCAAACAGAGAUUACAGUCAAACGCGGUGGCCACACCUGCAAUUCUGAGAGGUCCGCCAAAUGCGGCUGGAGUGCCCAGCACAAGUACACAUCUGCUAGUCACGAGUGUGUUUGUAGAGAAAAAUACUUGUAACUCGUGCAUUAUCAUCGAACCCUAUACAUACCAAUAUGAUGUAUACAUCAGAAUCGGAGCAUAACAAUUUUUUCAUAGGAAAGAAAUUCGAAGUCAUUUGACUUUCCCCCUUUUUUUCGUAUUAUAAAUCCUUCACUUCGGAAAGAAACUGUUAUAACAAGACACUACUUCUGUGAUCCAUAUAUUUAAGUAAUGACAAAAUAAAACGUGUCAUGUUCGUUUCUCUAAGGCAAGAGUGCAGAAAGGUGAAAAUCGCUGACACUGCGACAGGGAGGCUCGGCAUCUUUGCCCGAUUUCUCGUCGCGGGAGUAUUUGUACACUCGUACUGGGUGUUAAAACAAUUUUCCGCCACUUCGACCCAGCCUCACCCAUGCUUAGGGACGGUCCCCUCAUAAAAAAGUAAAGGCAAUAAGAAUAAGAAGUUUUCUUUAUUCUCUAUGGUAAAUUUCCCCAACAUUCCAGUUGCUUUUAAUAUUUUGAAUGCAAUAUCUGGUUUUCUCUAUUCCCUUUCAAGGAAUAUGCACAAGCAAAAUUUGGAUUUUUUGAAUCAUUUGUUUGUAGCUAAUAAGUAGAUUGAUUGGUAAGCAUACAAAUUGCAUGUUAAAUUAUUUCUUAAGCAACUGUAUAAAAAGGAUGUUUUAUAUCAAUGCAUAUAUUUUGUAUAUACCAUUUAUAAAUCCAAUGACUAUGUUGCAAAUUUUAGUGUAAACUCCAUUUUUACUUGAUUAAAAAAUGCACAAUUA